CUCUCCCUCCCUCCAAUUCAAUCAAACCAAAAGCAAAACACAGAGAAAGAAACAAACAAACUCAUAGAGCGAUCGAGAAAGCGACCGGCGGCGAAGAAACUCUCCACCGGAUUCUUCCGAUGGUGGAAAAGCCAGGGUUUGAGUUCCGUCCGUACGACGAGGAGCUCGUGGGUUUCUAUCUCCGCCAGAAACUUCUCGGAAACCAUAGUCUCGUCGACGGAGUCAUCAGAGAGAUCAAAAUCUGCAGCUUAGAUCCUUGGGACUUGCGCUUUCAAUCGAAGAUCAAAUCGAGAGAUCCUGUUUGGUACUUCUUGUCCCUUAUAGAAAACAACAGGGGUCGACAGAGCAGGACGACGCCUUCAGGGUCGUGGAAACUCACCGGAGACCCUGUGAAUGUCAAUGAUCGGUGGGGUAACUUGACUGGUUUUCGAGGUAAGAUUGGUUACAAGAGGGUUUUAACGUUCAGCAAGGCGAAAAGCAGCAGCAGCUCCGUAUCCGAGUGGGUGAUGCACGAGCUUCACUACACCCACACCGACUUGCCUGAACACAAGAGGACCACCUAUGUCAUCUGCAGACUAGAAUAUAAGGGUGACGACGUGAACAUCCUCUCUACUCCCACUUUUGCUCCCACUAUGGCCAAUAGUGCAAGCUCUGCGGUGGACCAAUCACUUCAAGGGAAUUCUGGACAUUACAACACUUUGUCCGAGUAUGAUUCAGGAUAUCAGUUUAAUGGAAACUCUGACAUGCAGCAAUCAUUUCAAGGAUAUUCAGAAUAUUUCAACCCUACCUCGGAGUAUGGUUUGGCUAAUCAAAGCAACAACUGGUUUAGCAACCUACAACAACAACAAGUUCCUUACUCUGCCCCAUAUCAAGAUGAUUCUGAUGUGUGGAGGCAGGUUGUUGAAGAAGACUGGCCCUCUUUGAUAGAUGAAAGGACAUGUAUGCGAGUGGAUCUCAUCCAUCACCGCCCUAAAAAGCCUGUCACUGGGAUUUUUGUCGGUGAUAGCAGUGAUGAUGACACUGACUCAACGAUUGGGAAAGGUACUUGGAGCUCGACCGAUAGCGUUGGUAGUAAAGAUGUACCAUACCAUGCUCCUAAAGAUGCUACUCCAUCUUUAAGUACUGUUGAGCCUUUGUACAAUGAUAGCAGUGAUGAUGACACUGACUCAACGAUUGGGAAAGGUACUUGGAGAUCGACCGAUAGCGUUGGUAGUAAAGAUGUACCAUACCAUGCUCCUAAAUAUGCUACUCCAUCUUUAAGUACUGUUGAGCCUUUGUACAAUGAUGAGCCGCAAGAGCAACCAAAGCAGCUGAUGUUGCAGUUGCAGGGCAAACAAAAGGUGAUAAAUAAGCAGAAAAGCGAAUGCGAGUGGAAAAGGGCUGAAGACUCGAUCAAGAAGGCUCCAUCCACCUAUGCAGUGAAGCAAAGCUGGAUUGUUCUUGAGGAGAUAAGUCAGAGGAAGUCACGGUGGAUCUAUCUCAAGAACAUCGUUGGCCUCUUACUGUUCAUCAUCUUCAUCAUUGGUUGGAUUAUUCUGCUUGGUUAGAUUAUCUAACUUAGAUGGAUCAAAUCCGGUUCUUGCUCACAAGUUUCCUACUUUCUUUCUUGUUUUCUUUCUUUUUUGGGUUUCUUCAUCUGUUUUCUAGCUAGGAAAAGUCCGUACUUGUGCCAUAAGAGAGGAAAAAAAGAGCGGUAAAAUAGAUAUAUAUAUAUAAGAGAAAAAAAAAGAAAAGGGAGGUACAAAAAAAUGUAUAUGUAAGAGAGAAAAAAGAAAAGAGAGGUAAAAAAAAAAGAAAA